GAAGCGCGCAUGAAAUAGUUUUUUGAUAUUGUUGUGCGUGUACAAUUCCAGUAAGCCAACGUGGCAUGUAUAAUUUUUCUUCAACCUCCGGAUAAGCUCAAGCAGGAAAUGGAGGCUCCCUCUGCCUGCACCUCCUUCUCUCUCACCUGCAACUUUAAAGCAGGGCAGUGGAGCAGGAGCAGGCAGUUGUGUGUAGCACCAACGCCAACACGCCGUUGUUGCCAUCGCGCUGCCACCAACCAGGGAGCGGCAGACACAAGCUUGUCCAUCAGGAAGCCUCUACCUCAGUUUCAGAAUGAGGAGGAAGAGGAGAGUUUCCAACUGGACAAGGAAGCGGUAGCCUCGACAUCGAAGUUCGUGAGUCCUCUGGAAAUCAAUUUGGACUUGGCAUUAUAUAGAGCCAAGUCCCUUGCGAGGAAGGGUCUCUGUGAGGAUGCCCGCGAAAUUCUUUCAAAGUGCAUUAGAGACUGGCCAGAUGAUGGAAGACCAUAUAUGACACUUGGAAGGAUCUUGAUGAAGCAGGCAAAAUAUGUGGAGGCUAGGGCUGUCUUUGAGAAUGGUUGCCAGGCAACACAAGGUGAAAAUGCAUUUAUUUGGCAGGGGUGGGCUGUUUUGGAACGGAAGAUGGGAAAUAUAAAAAAAGCAAGAAAACUUUUUGAUGCUGCCAUUGCAGCAAAUAAGAAACAUGUUGCAGCAUGGCAUGGUUGGGCUUGCUUGGAAAUCAGUGAAGGUAAUCUUAACAAAGGAAGGGAUCUUCUUCAGAAGGGAAUUAGGUAUUGUGGUCCAAAUGAAUACAUAUUUCAAACACUUGCUUUGCUGGAAGUCAAAGCAAAAAGAUAUGAAAAAGCACAGUCUCUUUUCUUACAGGCUACUAAGUGCAACCCUAAAAGCUGUGCUAGUUGGCUGGCAUGGGCACAACUAGAGGCAGUGCAGGAGAACUAUCUUUUUGCUCGAUGCCUUUUUGAGAAAGCAAUCCAAGCUAGUCCAAAAAACCGAUUUGCAUGGCACAUAUGGGCACUGUUUGAGGCUAAUCAAGGAGAAUAUGACAAAGCAAGAAAAAUUUUUAGAGUUGGACAUGCACUAAAUCCCAGGGAUCCUGUUAUUCUUCAGUCUCUUGCUCUUUUUGAGUACAAAUGCUCCUCUCCAACUAUUGCUCGUGAGAUAUUUAAGCAAGCUGGUCAAGUUGACCCCCGUCAUCAACCAAUAUGGAUUGCUUGGGGAUGGACUGAAUGGAAAGAAGGAAAUAUUGCUACUGCUAGGGAGUUAUAUCAACGUGCACUAUCAAUUGAUUCAAGUAGUGCAGAUGCAGCUCGUUGUCUUCAGGCAUGGGGAAUUUUAGAAGAGAGAGAGGGAAACAUAGCAACUGCUCGAAGAUUGUUCAAAUCUUCCCUAAAUGUAGAUUCUCAAAAUGUUGCGACAUGGAUGUCAUGGGCUACAAUGGAAGAGAACCAAGGAAAUUCUGUUCGUGCAGAGGAGAUUCGCAACCUCUAUUUUCAACAGAGGACAGAAGUUGUGGGUGAUGCAUCCUGGGAUGUGGAUUUGUCAGGAUUUCUUGCCCCUGCUAUCAAUCGUAUAAAGGGUUUCCUAACUUUUGAUAAGGGAAAUGAAAAACCUGAAAGUAGUUCGUUUCAGCAAGAUGAAGGUGAUGGUUUUAACAAUCCAGAUGUUAUCAAUACUUCAAAGAGGUUCCUUGACAAUACAAAAGGAGGAGCUUCUUUUGACUUGGACUCUUUUCUUAGAGAAAAGCUCUCUCUUGAUGCUUCACGAGUAUACUCUGGUUCAGAGCCAUAUUUUUUGAAGAAAAACAAGAAUAAUUUGAAGAGAAACAAGAAUAAGUCAGUCUGGAAACCGUCUAAAACAAAGAACACCGGAACUUCAUCUGUUACUUGAACUGGCUGACUUGACAUGGAGUUGUAUGAUGUUAUGCAUUAUGUGCAUAUUAUUUUUGUUUCUUAAUUCUUCCAUUGGCAAUUGAAAUCAUAUUAUACUUUGUGCU